ACCCCAUGUCGUUCUUCUUCAUCUGUAACAAUGGAGGUGACUGAGAAAACAAAAGGGAGAUGUGCUGGCGGAGGAGGAGAAGGGCGGGCCUUGAUUCCCGGUUUGCCGGAUGAAAUAGCCAUGGAGUGUUUAGUGAGAGUGUCUUGCCAGUUUCACUCCAACAUGAAAUCCGUGUGCCAUAGUUGGCGGAGCUUGAUUUCCAGUCCUCUCUUUUAUCGAGAACGAAUCAAAUCCGGUGCGGCGGAGCAUCUUGUGUGCUUAAUCCAGCCUAUGACGGGUUUCCCGCCACCGGAUUCGAUUCACGGAAAUCAGGGAGAUGGCGUUUGUGGGAGGACCGAAGCCGGUGUCAAGAAAGAGGAGGAGGAGGAUGAGGAUGAUCGGCGAAAUCAGCAGCAGGGCCAGUGCGGGAUGAGCAUCUACAACGAGACCAGGGGUACCUGGCAUCGGAUUAGGCCUAAAGUCGGGCGAAUCCCGAUGUUCUGCCAGUGUUUGGCGCUUGGGUCUUCUGGGAAAUUGAUGCUUUUGGGGGGAUGGGAUCCGGUUACUCUAGAGCCGGUCGCCGAUGUGUAUAUCCUUGAUUUGGUUUCAGGUGGUGGCAGGUGGAGACGCGCGGCUCCCAUGUCGGUGCCACGCUCCUUCUUUGCGUGUGCGGUUGUCAGUGGGACCAAGGUGUACGUCGCGGGAGGGCAUGAUGAUCAGAAGAACGCGCUUCGGUCGGCGGAGGUGUACGAUGUCGAGGAAGAUCGGUGGGAAAUGUUGCCGGAUAUGGCGGAAGAAAGAGACGAGUGCCAGGGGCUCUCCUGGGAUGGGGAUUCCAGAUUCUGGGUUGUGAGCGGUUAUGGCACUGAAAGACAGGGCGAGUUCGGGUCGGAUGCUGAGUGUUACGAUCCUGAAACUGGAUCUUGGUACAAGGUAGAAGGGGUCUGGCCGUUUUCUAGAACCAGCCCCAGAGGCUGCACUGCCGCCGUGAGCUCCGGACAGCAGCGCCAGUGGUGGUGGUUUUUGGGGAGUGAACAAGAAGAGCAACAACAGCACGAAGAAGCAAAGGAGAAGCCUUGGAAGACAGUGAGCACAAUUAAACUUUCGAGAAGCAUAAUUGGGACACCUCCAUGCGUGACCAAUCUUGCAUAUGGCACUCGAGAGGACGGCCACCGGGUAUUUGUGAUGAGCAGCCGUGGCGGCGGCGGCGGCGACAAUUGUGGUGGCGGAUGUGAAGGCGAAACGGGGUUCAUAAUGGAGAGGGAAAGGAAUGGCAAUACUAAGUGGAACCAUGUCCAUACUCCUAUGGAGUUCUCUGGUUUUCCAUUCUCAGCGUCUUCUUUCAUUGUAUAAAUCAGUAGUUAAACUUUUUGUUUCCCAACCUAUAAUGCAGAAGUUCUUCAUGUUGCAUGCUUCAGUUUCUGUAAUGUAGAAGUAGUUUUUUUUUUUGGUGUUAAAAGAACUGGGCAGACUAACAGCAACAUCUUAGCAUGAAAUGGAAGUUCUUCAUGUUGCAUGCUUCAGAUUCUGUAAUGUAGAAGUAGUGGCCCCCUUUUUUUUUUGAGUUAAAAGAACUGGGCAUAAUAACAGAUUAACAACAAC